UCUGAUAUGUUGUCGCGCACUGGUGAAAAUAAAUGAGUUUUGAAAAACUCUUUUGCUUUGCGCAUUUUUGUUAGUACCAUAUUUAGCAUAAAACUACCAAUUAAAAGUGAACUUUAGCAGCUUAUUAAGCAAAUCGCUGCUGUCAAUGCCUAUCAAUGAUGUGGUUCUGCCAGAAAACGUAUACGACAAAGCCAUUUUCAGAAACUUGAAAACUUUAUUCAAAACUAUGUUUUCAUCGCCAACUACAUGAUACAAAUGAACUCUUCGGCUCAAGAUUCAAACGAGUAUUUGAAUAUAUCAAUAUCACUUGACCGAAAUUUUUUUGCAUCUCUAGCGAACCCCGCAAAAGCUCGCAGCGAUAUUUUUUCGGAUAGUGACAACUUCACAAUUUUGCUGGUUAAUAAAGAGGCCGACAAGUGCUUUGGAACAGUGACGUUAUCUUUGAACAUUAAGGAGACCCUUGAAAAAAACUUCCAAGCAAAAACCAACAACUUCGGCGACAAAUCGUGGUUUGGCGAAAAAAAUGGAGAUAAAUUGUUGGAAACGGCAGAAAUCGAAAACACUAGCAAUUCAGCUAAAGUGAUUGACUUUGGGGUUAUGGAUACGAGCAGCAUCUAUUGCAAAGAUGCUCAAAACGCCGAAACUCAAAAGAACAUAAUCGGAACGGAGUUGUCUCAUUAUGAAAAUGUCUUUGAAACUUCUUUGUCAGAUAAUUUCAGUGGCCGAAAUCAUUUCGACGCCGACUUAUUGGUUCGGCCAAACUCCAUUUCGAACGAGGAAGUUUGCAAGAAUGCAAGUGAAACUUAUACUCAACAGAACAUGUCGAAGUUAGCCACAGAACUAAGUAAGUUGUUUCCAGUAGAUGACUGUUUGAAAGAUUUCAUCUCAAACUUUUUGACUAUACCGGGGGACUCUAUUGAAAAAGCACCAGAAAUUGAACAUAAUAUAGAAAAUAAUAACAUUUUGGACGCGAUAAAAACUAGCGAUUCACAGAUGAGUUUUUCAAAAGAAUCGCAAACAGAAAUUGGAGAUAAUUCUAACGUUUUACGAAACGGCGAUAUGGUUUCAUCCCGUGUAAACGAAUUUGCACGCAACCGAAGAUCCCAGUUUGAAAAUGGCAGAAAUCAGUGCAGCGCUGCAGUUCUAUCUCAAAGUUCCGCAAACGACAACCAAAAUUCUGAAAUUUGUCGAUUAUUGGAAACAAAAUCGAAUAGUAGCGAUAACAUUUAUGAAGCCGCAGAAACUCACACUCAAGGACAAACAUUUAGUUUACAAAGCGAAACAGCCUUGAAUAAUCACCUCCGCUUUUCAAAUCCAACCAGCGCAAGAGUUAUAGGUCAAGGUCAUAUUGAUAUGGAGCUCGGUGCGAACUUUACAGUCGUGCCAUCAGAUCAGGAUCCGAUUGAUAAUUACAGAAUCGCGCUCGACGCUUGCUCUUCGCUUCUCAAAAAGAAAACGACUCAAGAUAUCAACCAGAACACAAAUCAUCAAGAAAGUAGCGCCGCUAACAAAAGUAGCAAUGAUUUCAUCUCAAGUGGUUCCCGUAUUCAAUCUCAAAAGCCUCGUGACCUUUCUAGAACGAAAACGUUUCCGGGGACAAUUCCUGGAAAACGUUCGACAAUUCUUCGAGUUAAUCAAAAUAAUCCGACUCAAAUUACCGAAACUUACGUUGAUAGGCGUGGUGUCAAUAAGAAAAGCAUGAUUAGACCAAAGUUCAAUGGCGCGGCCAGCAGAUCCUUGUUAAGUAUGGAGCUUACCAAAAAACCGGCUGCCUACACUAUUUCGGCUGGCAACUCAUUAUCGACAACAGGGUAUGCGAGGAUCCAACCAAAGAAACUUCCUUCGUUACUGCAAGCAGUUCAAACCUUUUCAUUCAUGUCCCAAUCGAACGUCUCAUCCAUCCGACCUGCCUUCGUGCCUCUCCCGGGACCCCCGCCGCCUCUAAUAAAAAUGAGUCACCCUUCAUCGUCACUUAUGACUCUGACAUAUCAACCAGUACCUUUUACGCCUUGCAAUGAAAAUUUUGCAGCCUCGUCUUAUCAACUACCAAGUUCUACUGCCAAGUCAACUUAUGAAGAUUCUAGCCAAAACGCUUUCGGUGCUAGAAAACAUUUCACAAAACUUUCAACUUGUUCAAAAUCUGUUCAGAGAAAUAGCAAAACUUGGAGCUCAAACACGUUGAAAAAAUCUAAGAUGACUCCGGAACAAAAAGCUUGUGAAAUAUGUGGCUCUCUUUCUACAAGUGCAGCGGCUCUAAGAAUCCACAAAGCACAUUUCCACGCAAAUGCAAGACCUUUCAAAUGCCAAUUCUGCUUGUAUGCUUCUAAAACUAAACGAACAGCGAUACGUCACUUGAGAGAGGCCCAUAGCUGUGGGGUAAACCCCAGUAUCGACCAGGGAAUAAAUUAGGACUCUUUUCCUUCCCCACCCGCAAAAACAAAAUUGUUUCAAAUUGUUCACUUUGUUCGAUUGUUGUAAAAAUUGACAUGCAGACUUAUUAAGCUAUUUCAAAUAUAUUUGUUAUUCAUACUCAACCUUGUAGAGCCACUCGUUGAACCAUAAAAGUUGCUGCUUGUGUGAGGAGGGCGAAAAGGAAAAGGAGCGAA